AUGAAAAAACAUGAAAAAGAGAAGGAAUUUAUGAAGUCACUGAAGGCAGUUUCAGUAACAACAUCCUACUGUGGAACAGCUGGUUCUGAGUCAGAAGAAAGUGCAUGGUGACAGUGAAAAUUCAGAAGAUGAGUUAUCUGAACCAGAUAACUUCAUCUCCAAUUUAACAGACAGCAGCGAUGAUGAUGAAUCAAGUGAUGAGGUGACAGACAGCCCUUCCCCACUGUACUUCCUGUAUGAUUGUGAAGGUACUGGGGGAUCAGUCUAUAAGGACCACAUAGUGGAGAUUGCUGCUGUUCUUCAGCCUCUGCCUGGCAAUGUAGAAACCAACAUCCCAUCAACAUUCCAGUCUCUCAUCAACACCUCUAAGAGAAUAGCAGCACCAGGUUAGAGGUUGAAAGUAAUCAAUAAUGUGAAAUAAUGCUUUUUCCAUUUUUUAAUGUUUUUGUCUGAUUAAAGAUCAGUAAAAACAAGACUGAAUAGCAUUACAUGCAAUAUAUUUUGUUUUUCAGUUGUGAAAAAAUGUGGAAUAAAACAGACUGACCUUUUAAACCAACCAAAACUAUCAGAAGUCCUUCCAAGGUUUAUAUCAUGGAUCAAAAAUCUGACAAAUGAGAUUUCCACAUUAACCAAGAGAAAAUACUUCCCAUGUACACAAAGUCAUACUACUUAAAUGAAAUGACAGUCCAUCUCUUGUAUACAAAAUUAAAUCAAAAUAGUCCAUUCUAGAUAAGAAAAAAGCACAAAGUCCAAAACCAUGUAAAAAUAAAGUCAUUUUAUUAAUAUAUCUUAUAAAUAAGAUCAGAAUUCUGAAAUAUAAGAAGAAGUGUUAUAGAAAUAGUGAUGACAAGCUACUACAAAAGUAAAAUAGGAAUGGGAUUAUUUCAUGAACAGACAGUUUACAAUACUGUUGUAUUUCUUUUCAGUACUGAUUGCGUAUAAUGGUUUUGUUUAUGACUCUCCACUCCUGUUUGCUGAGGUGGACAGACGAUAUCCCCUGUUGAAAAAUGAUCUCUUCAAACACAUCUGCUUUGGAGAUUCAUUAGUGAACCUGCGAACAGUAAGAUAGAGAGAUUUUAAUUUUAAUGCUAAGAAAGAAAUGCAGUCAUACAGUGUACAUGUAUUGCUUCCUUUACUUUAUUUCUGUAAUAAUGGUAUUACACUGCAUUUACAACACUGAAUUAACUUGGUUGCUAAAGUAUUCUUUGUUUAAGUACAUGUAUUCAUUUUUUGGACAGAUAUGUAGUUUUUUUUUAUCUCAGAAGUACAAGUAUAUACCGGUAAUCAUGACACUCUUAUGACAAACAAGUAGUUUUCUAAGAAGACAACUAAUACUUGAGCAAUUUGUUUAUUUUAAACAGAUGAGGAAACAAGGAAAACUAAACUUACAAAAACACCAAAAGCUUGGCAUGCCAGCACUACAUGCACUGUAUUUUCCAAAUGCAAAUUUUCAAGGUAAACCUUGUGCACUGUAGGUUCAGAAUUUGUUGGGGACAUAAAUGUGAUAACUGCUUCUAGUUCAACUUGCAGUAAACAAUAGCGGUAACAAAACCAAUGCUUUGUACUCCAGUCUGAGUAGGGCAGAGUCUGAUUGCAUCACAAUAUUAUGAUGUUUCAUGGAGCACUAAAAAUUUUCCAUUCAUCAUAAACUGGGCCAAGUUAACUUUUACAAAGACUGUUUACUAGGGACAGGGAAUAAUGGCCAAUAGCUGACCCACCGCCCCCUCCGUAAUAACCCCAGAAUAAGAAACAACAGUGGGACACAUUUGGGCUGCAGUUCCCUCCUCAUUUCUCAAUUAGCAUGAACAACUGGCAAUGAUUAUAGCCUUCACUAAAUCCAGAGAUGCAAAUAUCCAAAUCUGUGUAAGCAUGCAUAAUUUAUUCUAUUAAUUUCAUUUGACAUGCAUUAUUUCAUAUUUUUAUUUCUAGCAUAAAACUCUUAAACUUUGUUAUACUUUGAAGCCCACAGAGCAUUGGCUGAUGUGCAAGCAAUGAGAGAUGUAUUGUUUUGCACAGACCUGAAGCAUAUAAUUCCCUUCUACCAGCCUCUCCUGAGGACUGCUUAA